AUGUCAGAAGAAUAUCCUCCGAAAAGCAUUGUUCUCGCUAAGGUGAAAGGAUACCCUGCAUGGCCAGCUAUGGUUUUGGAUGUUGACUUGUUGCCGCCACAUAUUCUCAAUAAACGACCCAAAAAUAAACAACACGAACCAACGCCAAAUAUCUUGCCCAUAAAAUUUUUCAGUGAUGAUACGUAUAUAUGGAUCAAAACAGGUGACAUCAAGCCAUUGAGUAAGGACGAUAUAGCUGCACACUUUGUUCAAAGUUCUCAAAAGAGGAGGAAAGAUACUGUGUUAGAUCGAGCAUUUGAGCUAGCUAAUGAUCCGUUAGAUAUGGAGAUAUUUAUCAAGUACGGAUCGAAAGGAGAGCCAGAAUUUACAGAACUAGACGAGGAGCAAGAGCAAGAAGAUGAUGAUCUUGUAGUCAAGGUUCCCGCUCGCAAGAAGCAAAAAGUUGCUACUCCCAAACAGGCUAAAGUGGUUGACAAGAAAACGCUUGCUGAAGAAAAGAAAGAAGCUGAGAGGAAGUUGUUAGCACAAUAUGAUUCUGACUGGGGCUUACAAGAUUUCAACAAGUACAGUGUCACUCAGGGCAAUUACAUUUUUGACAGCCUAGAAGAGCAAAAAAGUGUUUUUGCAAGCAUACCAGACAUUGGUGGAUUUUCGUCUCUUUUUGACAAAGCCAUCGACAAGUUUAGAAAAAUCGAGGAAGAAGUUCUUGAACAGUUACUAUCUGAGGAUGUGUCAAACACUGAUGAGCUUUGCCAAUUAUUGACUCUGUUUCUGAAUUUGGUUAGCAAAGUGCCAAGGUCUGUGAUAACCAAGAGUAGGCUAAUCAGAGCACUAAUUGUGGACCAAAGGAAACACUCCCCUGGCGAUCAUGGCCAGCUUGAUUUUAAGGAAAAGACCAGCAAGAUUUUGAAGAGAUUGGGCAUUGAAGUUAGGGAGAAUACCGAAGAGGAGCUUGAAGUCAAGAGCGAGGUGAGUACAGCACAGUCUACUCCAGAAGUAAUCGAGUCUAUCCAGGAAGAAGAAGUCGAAGUAAAAGUGGAACCAGACACUGUCAACUUUGUAAACUCGCCCUUGAAGCAUGAAGUUCAGACUAACGGCAAUUAA